UCCCGUACCCUUGCCACAUUGUUAAGCCCUUUUCAACUCAUUUAUUUCAUUCUCUAGCAUUCCCUCCCUUAUCUUCUUCUUCCCAAUCUUGAAGAGUUUCAAACCUCAAUCAACAUGAACGAAGGGUUCUUGUUUCUCUCCUUGCUCUUUUGCGCCACCUUUCAUGUCUCCCUCUCCUUUAACGAUGGACUAGUGGCAAAUGGGAAUUUCGAAUUGGGACCAAAAGCAUCAGAUCUAAAAGGCACAGUAAUAACCGGGGGUAAAACCGCGAUUCCGGAAUGGGAAAUAUCAGGGUUCGUUGAGUACAUAAAAUCAGGUCAAAAACAAGGUGACAUGUUACUAGUUGUACCCGAAGGUGCAUAUGCUGUUAGACUAGGAAAUGAAGCAUCAAUUAAACAAAGAAUAAAAGUAAUUAAAGGAAUGCAUUAUUCAAUUACUUUUAUGGUGGCACGCACGUGUGCACAAGAAGAAAGAAUUAAUAUAUCCGUCGCACCUGAUUUUGGGAUUAUUCCUAUACAAACAUUGUAUACAAGUAGUGGUUGGGAUCCAAUUGGUUAUGGUUUUAAAGCUCAAUAUGAUGUCGUUGAAAUGGUUAUUCAUAAUCCUGGUGUUGAGGAAGAUCCUGCUUGUGGACCUCUUAUUGAUUCUGUUGCUCUAAGAACUCUCUACCCUCCUAAAGCUACUAAUAAAAACUUAUUAAAGAAUGGUGGAUUUGAAGAAGGGCCUUAUAUAUUCCCCAACACAUCAUAUGGAGUAAUAAUCCCACCGAACAUAGAAGAUAACCACUCACCCCUCCCAGGUUGGAUGGUAGAAUCCUUAAAAGCAGUAAAGUACCUAGACUCAUCCCAUUUCUCUGUCCCAGAAGGAACAAGAGCAAUUGAGCUAGUGGCAGGUAAAGAAAGUGCAAUUGCACAAGUAGCUAGAACAAUUCCUGGCAAAACCUAUGUUCUCUCAUUUUCAGUUGGAGAUGCAAGUAAUUCAUGUGAAGGGUCUAUGAUUGUUGAAGCAUUUGCUGGUAGAGACACAGUUAAAGUUCCUUAUCAAUCCAAAGGUAAAGGUGGGUUCAAACGUGCGGUUCUUAAGUUUGUGGCUGUUGGGUCAAGAACAAGGAUUAUGUUUUUAAGCACUUUUUAUAGUAUGAGAACUGAUGAUCUUUCUUCUCUUUGUGGGCCUGUUAUUGAUGAUGUUAAGUUGCUUAGCCUGCGUAAACCAUAAAUGGGCUAAUAUUAUUGGGCCUGUUUUAUGAAGGGAUUUUAUUACUAUUGGGCCUAUCAUGGGAUGAGGCAUAUUAUGUAUAAUGAGCCUUUGAUUAGUUUUCAUAUAUAUACAUAUAUUUGUUAGGAGAAUAAAGAAUGUUCUUUUCUCCUUUAAUAUAAUUAAGCCCUGGUGAGAGGUGCUAAGUAUGAUUUUAAUUUUAAUUAAAAAUAUGUGUAUAUCAAAUUAUGCUAAUGGAUAUAGACAUAUAUAAAUCUUGUUAUGUAUUUUGCAGUAAUAAAUUAUGAAAAUGAAAUAUAGACUGUUCAUGUA